UUCCACAGAGUGGCAGCGCUGGCACAGCAUCGUUCAGAAACCCCUGAGCUGAGCUGCGGUUUCUGUCUGUGUGCACCUCGUUACUCUGAUCCCUCCGGGCCGUUAAAGCCGGCAGGCGUGAGCCAAAACCCCAACGGUGGAUAAAUAAGACAGAAGAUCUAUACUUAUCCUGGGUAGCCUUCUGCAAGAGAAGAUUAUUAUUUGGGGGAAAUAAUAAACCUCCUGUCCUGUGCUCAGGAACAGACGGGACAUCUGCGCUGGGAAGAAUCGCUCCUGUGCUGGGCAGUAGUGCGCGGAGAGCAGCCACACUCUGAGCAGACGCACUAUAAGGACAGACGGCAAGAAGGUGGAGGAUAUUUUACGCACAGCCCCACCAAGUACCGCUCUAACACAAAUCAUCUACUCCGUGGGGGACUCAACAUUGCCUCCUCGUCACUUGGACGGAUUUUCACUUGACCAAGUCUCUAACUACAAGGGUUUGCAGGAAUGGAUUCCUUCAUUAUAGCGGCCCUGGUACUGUGCUCUCUUACAGUACCAGCCUUUGGGGACAAAGGGACCAGCAAAGCCCGGAGUUGUUCGGAUAUCCGACAGUUUUACAGUGGGAAGGGAUUCUCUCUGGAUGGUGUCCCUCAGUCUGAAAUGUCAGGGGAGCACCUGCGCAUCUGUCCUCAGGGUUACACCUGUUGUACCAGUGAAAUGGAGGACAACCUGGCCAUCCUGAGUCGCAGGGAGAUAGAAGGAGUUCUUAAAAAUGAUGGACGAUCCUUACAGACUUCAAUUGUUGGACAUCACAAGGUCUUUGAUGAAUACUUCCAUGAGUUGCUGAACCGCUCCAUGAUAAGUCUGCAGGAGACUUUCACUUCCACUUGGGGCGCUCUGUACUCCGAGAAUGCCAAGGUCUUCUCUGACCUAUACAAGGAUUUGAGGGGCUACUACCAGGGCUCCAAGCUCAACCUGGAAGAGUUGUUCAGUGAAUUCUGGGCCAAACUACUGGAGAAGGUCCUCUAUCAGGAAAACAAGAAAAACUCAAUAGAUGAGGAGUACCUGGAGUGUGUUUCAAAGGAGAUGGAGACACUAGAGCCUUUUGGAAACACACCUGAGAUAUUGACAAUAGAAGUCACCCGCAAAUUUGUGGCAGCUCGCUCAUUUGUUCUGGGACUGCUGCUCAGCAAAGACGUGGUGCAAAAGGUUUCUCAGGUGCCACUGAGCCAGGAGUGCAUGCGAGCCAUUACGAAGAUGACUUAUUGUCCCUACUGCCGUGGCAUGCCCUCUGCUAGACCUUGUUCCAACUAUUGUAGCAACGUCAUGAAGGGCUGUCUAGCCAACCAAGCUGACCUCAACACUGAAUGGAGGCAUCUAGCAGAAACAAUGUCGAUUUUGGCGGAGCGACGCUUGAAGGAUGUAGACAAAGUGAUCCUCUCUAUCCCGAAUCAUAUAUCAGGAGCCAUGCUUACCAUGGUGGAGAACCUUGACACAAUAAACAGCAAGUUGCUCCAGUCAUGUGGCAGCCUCAGAGAAGGAGGAACGAGUAGCACAGGAGUUGAGGAAAUAAAAGGAGGAAGAGUUACAGUAGAAGACAAGUUGGAAGACAGCUCAGUCAAAAUGGCAAAGUUGGUUGAGGAUGUAGCCAUGAGACUGAGAGACAUGCAGUCGCACUGGGUUUCUCUUCCAAAAAUUCUUUGCGACGACAGAGUUGCCACUGGAGCAGGGGCUGAAGAUAAGUGUUGGAACGGGAUAAGUCGUGCCAGGUACCUGCCUGAGGUGAUGGGCGAUGGCAUAGCCAGUCAGAUCAACAAUCCUGAAGUGGAAGUUGACAUCACCAAACCGGACAAGACAAUACGCCAACAAAUAUUGCAGCUAAAGGUCAUGAUUAACCGCCUAAAGAAUGCUCUCAAUGGUCGGGAUGUGGACUUUCAGGAUACCAAUGAUGAUGCCAGCGGCUCUGGAAGUGGCAACUGUCCCGAUGAAAUGUGCUCCCGGGGCCCACGCCUUGUUGUACCCGUCACUGACCGACCCAUAUUCUAUCUGUAUCCUCCAGAAAAGAAUAGGGUGAAAUCCUCAGCCCAACAAAGCCUGCCGUCCAUCGCUAUCUGCCUGCUUUCACUGCUCACCCUGCUGCUCCGGCGAUAAUUGACAGAAGAAUCUCCAAACUGGGACUGAGUUUGGUACAUGGGGGCUGGGGGGAAGAGUUUGAAAAUGAGGGAGGGGGCAAAGUUGGGGGUUAGUUACUCUGCCAAAAGUAAAUGAGUUUAAAGAAACAACAACAAAAAUAAUAACAAUAAUAAUAGUAACUUGGAUGGACUUCCUUUGGCUUUGGAUCAGAACAAAAUGGAGUCAUGAAUAUUCACCAGUGUUUUGUUCUGCUCUUGUCCUUUAUUUUUCAUUAGUCUAUGACACCAUUAGAGCUGGUCUUGUUUUCAUCCUCUAAGGAUAUGUUUCUGGUGUUUGGGUUCUCUGAGACAUGUAAGACUAUAUUGUUAACAGUAUGUUGGUGUGGACACCACAGAGAGAGGGAGAAUGGAGCUUUGGAGUGGCACUCAGAUGCAUGUCUGAGUUCCACUUAUAUUCAAUAGAGUUACUUAUUUAUUGAGACUUGUCAGUAGACCCCAAAUUGGUUUAACCACACUGAAAUAUGUAUAAGUAAACUACACAAACCUCAAACUGAAAAGAAAUUAUGUAAUGUUACUUUUAAAUGAGGAUAAUCUGGACAACAUGAGCCAUCAGCCCUUUUAACGCAUUAGGCUUUCUCUCAGUGAAGAUGAGAGCGCUCCGCAUCAGCACUUUCUGCCAUUUCAUCAUGUAAGCUGUAAUAAAAGCCAUGAUCACAUUCACACAGACAUAAUCGUCCAAUAUAGGGGUAAGGUGUCCAGUACAUCACUCUGUUCAUCCAUCCUUACAUCCUUACAUUCACCCCACCCUGCUUCCCUGCAAAGGCAGACCUUCCUCUCCAGACCCUGCUUGCAGUGUAGCAUCAAGCUGAGAUUCCGGUUUAAGCAAAGCGUGCUCAGCUGUGACAGAUUUCAGAUGACAGCAUGUGGAAUAGAGGUGUUGGUUCAAGAUUGCCCUAACAACAAACAAGGCUUGUAAUAGAACAGAAAUGUACACAGAAACAGAAACACUGCUGUCCUGCUGCACUUUGUUAAGUAAUCCUUUUAUCUUCACAGCAGAUCAAAUAUAUAGUACACAUCAUGUUGUGUAUUUUCCUUCCAGAAGCCCAGUGUUAUUGUUCUUGCCAUCAUAAUUUCAGUGUCAUGGGCUAUUUGUGUAAUUACAGUAAUGAUCAGUAUCACAGAAAAUACCACAUCAUGAACGUCUUUGAAAAUAACUACUAUUUUUGUGGCAAACAAACCAUGUACAUAUUUUUGAUUGCUUCUUUGUUUUCUAGAAAUGAAAAAAAAAAAACAACAGUGCAACACCAAACUUUUUAUUAUGGGCAGGCCAUUGUUUGCUUUAUGUAUUUCUUUUCAUAUCCAUUAGAGUAUCCAUAUCUGCCUUUCAUUUCUCUGAAAUUUCUCUAUAUGAGUGCCUCUUUGUGCCCACCCCAAUUCUCUCAACCUUUUCCAUGCUCAUCAGUUAUAAUGACCUUUAGAGUGUUCCUUUUGCUUUUACAUGAUAGCAAGGCAACAUGACAAUGACACAGUGCUUCAUUAUGUGUCAACCUUCCGAGGAAUAUUUUGGGAACACAGUGUAACGCCUUUCCUGAUGAGAUGCUUGCUUGAUGAGAAAUCAAUUACUACACUUAAAUUUAAAUAAAAGUAAAAGCUCUCAUUUUAGGAACGUUGUGUGAAGGAUGAUGGGACAAUGAUAGCAAAUGUGUUUGCGUAAGAAAUUGUGUGUGAAUGUGUGUAUUUGUCUAUAAUUCACAGAACAGGAGAGGGAAGCACGAACCUUUAUAAAUCAUGUUUGGAUGGAACAGGAAUGAAAUCUAUUUAAAAUGUAUUGGACUAACAUUGUUUAAUAACUAUUAAACUGACAGCAAUGGGAGAUUAAUAUAGCUCAUUUUUUCAAAAUUAGUAUUUUCAACGUGCUACUGUAAUUACUCAUAUUCUUUGCUGAUGGUAUCUGUGUUGUCAGAAUUCUGUAUGGCAGUGAGCUGGAAGGUGGAGUACUCAAAUGGACAAGUUUUUAAAUGAGCAUCGUUGUGCACUGGGACAAUCCACUAGAAUUCUUGUCAUCAAACAUGUGCACAUAGACAGUUUGUAAUACUGCAAAUUUUGGGGGCUCUGUCAAAGUUUGAGAAAUGCAACUUUUAAAUAUCUGGUUAAUACCUGCUCGGAAAAUCAGUGACUUUGUUGUAAUAUUUGUUAGAUGACAGGUGUCUUUGAUGGUACUCCUUUUUUUUUUUUUAAAUGCUUUAUUACUGAAUGAUUUGUUGCUGUGUGUUUGUGUGUUGGUGUCUGUCUCUGUGUUAGUCCCUGGUUAAAAAAUCUGCCUGUGACUGCCUUUGACACUUUGGGGUCAAUUUUGAGAUUAGAAGAGCAAUAUUAGCUGUUGUGUUGGGGAUUUAAAAAAAAAGAAAAAAAAAAAAAAAAGAUUUGAACAAAGUUAGCAAGCACAUUACACAGGUUCUCUUUUUGUGACCUUUUGGGAAAAAUCUGAACAUGACUGUGAAAGAACACAAAGCCCUGAAAAGAAUAAGAAAUUGUUCCAACUGUGAUGGUGACAUUCCAGUUCAAAGAUGACCCGCGACUUUAGACUCACAACUUCGGUUUCAGUGACUGCCUCACAAUGUCAUCGGCUGAAAUUUGCACAACCCCACUACCCUCCCCACCCCUCCUCCUUCACUUUUUGAUCUCAUUAAUUUGUUGUUCAAAGUCCCCCCUCCCCUUUGUAAAACCUGCACUUUUAUGAGGCCACUAAAUGGCAUUGUCUGCACAGAGACAUCACAAGACGGUCGAUCGAUACAAGAGUCAACACCUUCCAGAAACGACUAUUGAUUGGGGAUGUGUGUGUAUGCAGAUAGAUGUGGCCCAGCAAGCCGACUCCUGUUUGACGAUGGUGAAAGAGUGUAAACAUGAAGCCCUUCCCCCUUAUUGUGUGAGGAAGCAGGAAAAAGCACAGCACUGAUCUCAAAUCAGUGUUUGUCCUGCCUUCAUUCAUAACUGCAGGUGGCAAUAAUGCAAAGCUGAUUACCUAACAUUUAUUAACAGCUUUAUUUUACACUGAGCUAAGAAUGGGAGGCAUUUCUGAAAGGUGCCAAGUUAUGAGGAAAAUAAAUACUUUAUUUUUUUUUUCUUGUUUUGGUUGACUUUUGUUGUAUUGUUAUCAGAUCAGAUUAUGGAAAGUUUGUUCUUACAGUGAAGACAGAAGCCAGAAAGAGGUUGAGAAAUAUAUAAAAUGUCUCGUUUGCUGUUGUACCUGAGAUCUUGUGUCAAUUAUAUACAUUGUAAGAUUUUCAACA